AUGGUGCGAGGUGCGAUGCUAUCCCUGCCAUUCGUCGUCGCAAUAUGUUCGCUCACGUUGUUACAGCCGACCUGUCACGCCCGGGACUUGGCCGGCGCGGGAUCGCGUGUCAGCCGUCGCGACGUGGAAGGGAAGAACGGUGACCGUGAUGUAGGUCAUUCGGAGGGCGCGGUGCCGUCGGCAGGCCUGGUGGUCGACCUGGAGACCGCGGCGACCGGCCACAAGGGUGGUGGCGGCCACCAUCACGAGUCCGGCGGCGGCCACCAUCACGAGUCCCAUCACCACGAGGAGCACGGCGGGAAGGGCGAGAAAGGGCACAAGAGUCAUCACCAUCACGACAAGGGCGACAGCGGCAAGCACGACAAGGAACACCAUUCCGGUCACCACGAGGAGCACGGCGGUAAGAAGAAGGGCCAUCACGACGAGCACGAGAAGUACGGAGAGCACCACGAGGGUGAGAAGGGCCACAAGGGCGGGAAGUUCGGCGAGAAGAAGGGCCACAAGAAGGGGCACAAGACCAAGGGCUACCACAACAAGUUCCACAAGGACGAGUUCCACAAGGAGCACAAGUUCUACGACGAUUACCACAAGGGCGGCCAUCACGAGAAGCACGGCGACUUCCACGGGCAUCACGAGAAGAAGGAGGGCCACCACAAGAAGGGCGGGCAUCAUCAAUCCGGCUAUCACGAGGAUCACCACGGUAAGAAGGGCCAUCACGACAAAGGUCAUCAUGACGAAGAGCACAAGGGUCAUCACGGUAAGCAUGGCCACGAGCAUCAUCACGAGCAUCACGACGCGUACGGCAAGAAGGGCGAUCAUCAUUCCGGGAAGAAGUACGGCUAUAAGAAGGGACAUUAG